AUGAACGAUCGAAUUUCCCUUGUCACAUUAGCAAUUAACGACAACAACAUCGAUAACGACAACGUCAACAACAACAUCAACAAAAACAACAUCAACAACAACAACAUCAAUAAAAACAACAUCAACAACAACAGCAACAACAACAACAAGUUCAACAACAACAACAUCAACAAUAUCGACAGCAACAACAACAACAUCAGCAACGGCAUGGAUUACGAGAACGAGAUCCUUGACGUCCGCAACAACAGCGUUAUAGAUGUUGAAAAAAAUGACGAUGACGUCAUUGUGCCGAAUUUCAACAUGGCGGUCUCUUCUUUUUCUCUUGUUGGUGGCGACGGGGAAUAUGUUUGCCAAGAUUACAACAACAACUUCAACAAUGACAACGGCCUCAUCAACAGCAACAACAUCAACAACAACGACAACAACAGCAACAACAACAUUAUGAAUGCUUAUGAUGACGUAUUUACUUCCGCCGCCAAAGAUGACGUCACAAGCAACAACAACAACAACGUUAAUAGUAAUAAUAAUAAUAAUAAUGAUAAGGAUGGGAAUAAUGAUGAUGACGAUGAUGAUUUUGUUGAUGUUGAUAAUGAUGAAGAUCUAAAUAUGGACAAAGUUGAGGAGAUGUUUAACGAGAGUUGCUCCGAAGUUAUGUGUCGAGAUAGUAAAUGUUUGAAGCUAAGAGAAGAUUUCACAAACAUAGAGAGGGUGUUAUCCUCUGGUCAUCCGAAUAGUUUGAUAGAAGAUAGGUACUUGUGUACACUGUUUAGACUGGCCGUUCACAAUGGCGGACAGCACGGAAAUGACGAUGAUGAUGUUGACGUCAUAAUUGGAAGAAUCUUCAAGACGUACAUUGAAUUCAAUCAUUCGACCUUUAAUGAAGCAUUUUGGAGAGAAGGGUUACGAUACGAAGUUAAGGGCGCCCUAAUGAGUUUCGGUCACGUGGUCGCCUUCGCCAGCUCACGUGACCCUGACCUCGACGGGCACCGUUCGACCUUCAUUAUUAAAAAGACAAAUUCCCGCCAAUUCAACACGCUGAAUGAAAUAUUAAAGAUGACGACGACGACGAUGAUAAAAGGUACCCAUGAGAAUGUAUCUAAAUUGUUGUGGUAUCUAUCUAUUGGAGAUAUGGAUACAUCGAUACAGUGGAUAUCAUUUGAGAACGGAAAUACACUAUUUCCGCCCCCACAAAUGAUGCAACCACGUGAUCUAGCCACCCACGUGAGUUUAGCGCGAGGUCUGUUGGAAGGAUCCAGAUACCUCUACAAACAGUGCGGAAUUUACUUCUUGAAUUUCGACGCUUCGGCCAUGUCUUACAACUCCAGUCAGAGCAGGGUCGUCCUGUCAGACUUCUCUAAAAUCCUUCCAGUUGGCCGUCUCAAUUAUGACGAUGUCGAUGAAGAUGACUUCCAAAUAUUCCUACAAAGCCUUCCAAUGAAUACCGUUUCGCCGAAGUGUGUGACCGGCCAUAGUUACAGAUGGCAUUUGAGGCACGAAUGCUUUGACUAUGCCUUUGAAAAAAUUGGGAAAGAAAGAGGAGUCGUGCCUUAUCAACCCGAAUGCCUCGAGGUAGCGAAUGACAAGUUGAUGCUUUUCCAACUUCUUAGAGAAAUGAUUGAUAGGCACUUCAGUGAUAGGCCGCCAGGACUGAGCGAUAUUGCGAACAGUCUGUCGUUACUAUAG